AUGGCACCCAACCGCAAGAGACCCACCCCCUCAGGCGAGGCAGGUUUCGACUCAGACGAGGACCUGCUAUCCAGCUACAAGCCGCCCACCACAAGCGCGGCCCUCGAAGGCGGCAUGCAGAAAAUCGAGAAGCACAAAUCCCAACGCAACAAUUACCGCAAGGAUAUCCACAAGGACCACAACGCCAGGCUUGCGGAUCUGAAGCAGCGCAUCGAGACUCAUUAUGAGGUCCAGCUACAGGAGAUAGAAGCCCACAACACGCAACUCACCAACCGCCUAGCAGCCGCGCUCGAGAAGCGCGCCGCCUGCGAAGCAGCCAUCACCAAGCACGUCGAGACGCUGCGUGAAGACUGCGCGCACCUGGCCCUAUUGCUCACCGCCGUGCACGAGGGACGCGCCGAGAAGGCGCAGGCGGCAAGAGUCGAGUCUCCUGCCGUGAAGGCUGUUGUCGCUGCUGCCAAUGGUGCGCGUGAUGGCGCUGCGACUACGGGACCGCGUGGCGGUGGCGUAAGGGACUAG